GACCUAGGGUAUCAAACUUACCAUUUUGUUCGGUUGUUCCUAAUUCCUAUCAUCCGUCGGCCGCCGCCCCGCUCUGCUCACCGCUCACGCGACGCGCCGAGCCGCCGACGACCGCGGCCGUGACCCGCCCGUCCCGCCGUGAGGCCGAGUCUGUGAGUCUGUGACCGUGAUUCCAUUCCCUCCAGGCAGGCUGCUGGCUGCCAAUCUGCCAUCCGCCGACCGCCGCCCAUCCCUCCAGGCUCCAGUGAUGGCAUAGGCUGUCAGGCAUCACCGCGUCAGCUACUCAGGUCAGGCUAGGGCGUUGGGCUGCCAUCCUGCUGGUUUAACUCCACGCCGCCUGCACCUGCCAGGCAGGGGCGCUAGGUUGCCAUCCCUCCAGGAACCGAUCAGCCGAGUAGUUGCUGCCUCGCUGGUCAGGUUAGUGAUCUGAAAAUCUGAAGUUCAUCCUCCAAGCUUCAGUCCGCCUGUCAGGUACUCAGGUUGCUGUCUGGCUAUUUACUUUUAUUGAUGGAAUCGGCUGUGGAAGGAAAGGGGAGGACUGCAAGUGAUGGAACUGAUUCAGAAAGUAAUUCGUUUGACAAGAGGGAUGAUAUGUCUGAAGAUGAACUGGUAGUGCUUGGUGGAAAAAUUGAUGAUUCAGUGGACAAUGUCAAUAUUGAUGAAUCUGAGGACAACAGAAGUAAACAAGGGGUCAAGAGAAGGCGCAAAAGGGUGAAGAUGAAGGCUACAGCUGAAACUGAAAGGAGCAAAAAGGCAAAAUCUAAAGUUUGGGAUGCCUUUACUAAGGUGACUGUGCCGGAUACGACAGAGAAGGGGAAGAUGAUAUCAAAGGCAAAAUGUAACUAUUGUAAGAAGCUAUAUUCUUACAUACAAGGAUCAACAACAUCUCAUUUGUCAAGGCACAUGAGAAUUUGUGCCGUGUAUUUGAAGCAUGUGGCAAAGCAGCAGAAUCAAUCUCUUCUAAAUUUUGCUCCAUCAACAGCAGAGUCUACUUUUAGCACGGGAGGUAGAACUCUAGAUGAUUAUCGUAGUUCUCUAAGGCCUUCAAUGGUGGAGGCAUUGGUAUGCUCUUCUAGCUGGAUCCGAGGAACACAUGAUGGAAGCAUGAUAUAUGUGGAAGAAGAUGAUGAAGACAAUGUUGAGAACAUUAUGUUCCCAAAAAGCUUGGUGGAAAGCAACUAAAUUUGGAAGAAUUGGAUGGAGACAAGACAAGCUAAGCUAAGGAGACGUCAAGAGUCAAGACUCAAGAGAAGAUGCAUCAUAGAUCAUACUACUGCUGCUGCUUGAGAAUAUACUGCUUUAUUGAGAACAUUAUGUUGAGAACAUUAUGUUUUGAGAACAUUAUGUUUUGAGCUGAAUAUACUGCUACUGAUUUCCAGUGCUGAAUAUAUACUACUCUUUGUUGAAUAUAUAUAAUUAUAUACUACUCUUUCUAGUGCUGAUUUCUAAUACUCUUUGUUGAGAACAUUAUGCUUUGAGCUGAA